UCGAGUCUGCCGUCUAGUCGAUCGUGCAACUUCCGUGACGCUCGCUCGUCCGGAAGGCUCUAUCUAUCUACCGUACGCGAAAUCGCCAUUUUAUGUGUUUGGCACUGUCACAGUACGGUGGUUGCAUGCGUGCGUGCGUGCGUACGUGCGUGCGGUGCGGUGCAGUGCGGUUCGUCGCGUCGCGUCCAAACUUGUCUCGACAAGUUUAGAGGAGCGAGAGAGUGAGAGAGAGAGAGAGAGAAAGAGAGAGCGAGGAGAGAGAGAGAGAAAGAAAGGAAGAAAGAAAAAGAGAGCGCGCGCGUCCGCGUCCUGUUUGGCCGGUGGCUGCUCGCUUUCGGGUUUCGGCUCUCAGCAUGUCGCCCGAACACCCCGGACCGGACGCGUACAAGUAACGGCGGCAGCGGCGGCUCGUACGGCGGGGUGUCGGUCGUGGUGCGAGGAGGCCACACGACGGCGGCCUAUCGAAAUGGUGUAGUGUGCGCAAGCGAGGCGGGCCCCUGUGAGUGUGAAAGCAAGAGUGUGUUUUCGUUGUCGUCGCCAUCGUCGCCGCCAUCGCCGUCGUCGUCGUCGUCGUCGCCGUCGCCGUCGUCGCCGACGUCGUCGCCGUCGCCGUCGCCGUCACCAUCACCGUCGUCGUCGUCGUCGUCGCCGUCGCCGUCGCCGUCAUCGCCGUCGUUGAAAGUAAAGUGCAUCUGAUCAUACAGCAGGUACAUCUCCCGCCCUUCUCGCCCACUCGUCGUCGCCGCUCUGUCGUCCUCGUCUCGACAAGUGUGCCGUGGUCGUCGUCGUCGUCGUCGUCGUCGUCGUCGUCGGACGUCGAGACGUCCGACGUCGUCGUCGGGACCACAAGAGCUCAUCAUCUUUGGAUUACUCGUCACGACACGACGUACCCCGUCAGCCAGUUACGAUGAAUCCGCGCGUACCCUCGGACAAGAUAAAUCUACGCCUCAUCCUCGUCAGUGGCAAGACAAAAGAGUUCCUAUUCAGUCCGAGCGAUUCCGCGGGAGAUAUAGCGCACCAUGUGUUUGAAAAUUGGCCGGAAGACUGGGCAGAAGAGGCGGUCGCCAAGGCGGAGAUUCUGCGGCUAAUCUACCAGGGUCGUUUCCUACACAGCAAUGUCACGCUCGGUGCUCUUGGGCUUCCCUUCGGAAAAACCACAGUGAUGCAUCUGGUGCCGCGGGAGAAUCUUCCGGAGCCUAAUUCUCAAGAUCAGAGGCAAAAAAGUAAAGGCGGCGGGAGUAGUUGCUGCUCGGCUUCCUGCUGCAUACUUUAAAAUCGCCGACAGUGUGCGUCGCCGACGUGAAGAUUUCGUCGUGAUGGUGGAUGGCCGUGCAGCGUGGGCGAGCGCGUCGUGUCGCGGGCUCACCCAGGCUGAGCGAUGGUUUCUAAGGUUUCGUGCUGAUGUAUAAUCGUUAGUGGCUGAGCUCGUGAGCAGUGUAGCAGGAGGCCGGAUUACAUCGUGUCGUUGCGCGUUCGUUUCACGCUCUUUGACGGCCCGCUGCUCUCGCAGACGGAGCGAUGCAGACUGCUGUUGCUGCUGCUGCUGCUGCCGCAAUAGCAACGAUAACGAUAACGACGACAACAACAACAACAACAACAACAACAACAACAACAACGUCGUUUGCAUCCCAUUGUCGUCGUCGUCGUCGUUGUCAUCGUCAUCGUCAUCGUCAUCGUCAACGUCAACGUCAACUUAGACUUGGUCGUUGUGGUCAUCAUCGGCGAGGAAGACGCAUGUUGCAUCGUCGUCACAGCGUCGGUCAGGGAUUUCGAUUUGAUUCGGUUUGGUGCGAUGCAACGGUCAAUCGGUAACAAGGCGUGCGCACGAUCGAUGACACGACGCAGUACCCGAGGAAAAUGUACUCGGAACGGAAAAGAAGUCGGACGGGAUGCGGUGGUGUUUCUCCAUCGCGAGCAAUCGAAACGACAGUUGAGCUGCUCGCGCCGAAAGGCAAGCAAACCGGUCGCGACUUGCGCCGAUAGCGAUGGCUAACUGAUUUUUGGCUAACGAUGUUUUAGUUUAGUCGGGGAACGGCGACGUACAGCCGUGUACAGACGAGAAAGAUCAGGGAUCAGUCGGUUAGUUCAACCGAAUUUCGAUUAGCAACUGUUUCUCUCCGUCUGCCCGACUCGUUGAUACUGUAAUGUGUUACUUGUAACAACGAGCGAGAAGGAGAGGCGAGUGCAGGAACGGAUACGAGUGCAGUAAUAGUAGUACGACCGUACGCGAAAAUAGUUUAUCGUUACACUUGACACCUUCUCGAUUUAUCAAAGAAUUUAAUUUAAUUAACAUCAUUGAUCAAUCCAAUCUAUAUCUAUAUGUAGCGCGGUUCUAUCUCUCGUGUGUCAUUUAAUAUCGAUAAUAAUGCAAAAGUGAAACACGAGUGUAACUUUAGUUGGGUAUCUCCUUACCCCGCCUUAAUUCGCGAUAAGGAAAGAAAAAAUAGCAGUAAUUUGACUACAAAAUUGAAUUUCGUGCUUGACAAUAUCUUACUUUCCGGACGGAGAAUGUAAUUGCAUAAUAUCUCAAGGGAGCGAGAAGGAAACAAAUCUAAUCAAUCGCAAUUACUUUUAGCAAAUUAACUUUCGAUCGCGAGCGAUCGUUCCUUCGUCCCGAGUACGAUGAGAGAGAAAACGGAACGGGAGACGAAUCUAGAGAUUUAAUCCGCGUUACAUCUCAACUUGAUUUGACUUCGUUUAAAGGCAAAAUUAGAUGACCUAUAAUUUUUAAGAGAAACGAGACUAGAGAUUAGUUGAUCAGAGAGAACGAUGUAACUUUAGUUAACCGCAGUCAGCCAUCAGCGCUAUUCGACGCUAGUCGGCGUAACCGGUGGUCUGAAAGAGACCACGGGAAGGCGAACGAUUACGGCGUAACCGUCGUCGUGCUUUCGAACGCCGGGUUCUCGUGAUCUCGUUUCGCUGUCGUUCUCUCGUCCGGCGUAACAGAGCCGACGUGGACGGUGACGGUAAGACGAAUGGAAUUUCGGCGGGAAUGUCGAACACAACAGGACUACCGGAUUCUAAGUGGGAAUGCACCCUGAAACGGCGCUACAUGUGCUUAGAAACUCAACCACUAUCCCGAUACUGCAGCGUUAUAAUAAUUAUUGUAGAUGGGAUCGUGUGUGCGUGCUUGCGUAAGUGCGAAUGUGUUGCGCUGGCUGAAAAAAAAACGGGGGGGGGGAGAGAGUGCGCGCGCGAGUGUCUGAGAGAGCAAAAGAGAAAAACAGAGUGAAAGAAUGAAAGAGAAAAUAAAAUUUAUGUUGUGAUAUGCAGGUAACGAGAAUAUAUGUACAUACAUGCAUACACAUAUAUUUACAUCGUAUGUAUAUUUGACGUAUGUAUGCAUGUAUGUAUGUGCAGGGUGUUCCUAGCCAAUACUCUCUCUGUUGAUACGAUACGCGCGUGUCAAGUAGUCGAAGGGAAUCGUGCAUGGGAGAAGGGACAUGCGCGAUGGAGUGACGAAAGUUUUCUCGAACAAGAUAAGUCUUUGCGGAACAAGUUUUAUUCGCGACACGGUGGAAAAUAAUCAACAGGUUGAUGCACCGAUGCAAAAUACUACAUUGUUCGCAGAAUCGCUGGAUUCGUGAUACGUUUUUAAAUUCCGCUCGCGUUAGCUACUCGCACGGCGCGCUUAUCGUUAAACGGAAGCGCGCGGUUGGCCAGAAACACUCUGCACAUACAGGUUGUUAAAGGAAGAGCAUGCGACUCCUCGAGAGCGGAAUUUUCCGGAAGAUUCGUUAGUUAAAUUUUCACAAAUCUGUGUAUUGACGUUCUGUCGCCUCAAAUUUCAAACAUUACACGUUUUUUCGCGCAUCCGUCGUUCUUUCCCUGUGGGAACCAAUUUGAUCAAACGAAUAGACUUGUAAAAUUAAUUGUAUUAUACUCGAAAGAAAAAAGAUUUUAUCUUUAGAAUCAAGCAUCAUCGACUUUAGAGACACGUUGCUAAAAAUUUGUCGACAAGUCGCGAGCCCUCAACUGAGAUGCGUCUCCUGAUCGCGACGAUCGAGACGAAGAGAGAGCCUAUUUGGAUUUGGAGUCAAACGGACGCCGCGUUCUCGUGUUCUCGCAAUCACGUCUUUUGACAACCUGCACACGCUAUUAUCGAAGUCGCGCGUGCAUUUGGAACGUGCUCUCUGUCGCGUUUCAAUGUGCACGCGCGACAAUGAUACACGUUGACACAGCAGUUAAGCUCUCAUAUGAUAGACUUUAUUAUCAUGAAUUUAAAGAAGUAAUAUUAUGACGUCACUGAGAGUUUAGUAUUCUGGAUAUAAGAUUAUGUGGAACAGAGAGAGAGAGGGAGAGCAAGAGAAAGUAUGAGAGAGGGAGAGCAAGAGAAAGAAUGAGAGAGAGAGAGAGAGAGAGAGAGAGAGAAAACAUCGGAUCUCUAAUGGUAGUUAUGAUUAAAUAAAAACUCGAAUAUAUUUCCUGUUAAUCUCCCUUCUUUUUCCUCUGUCGAGCCCCUUACCCUCCUUCUAUUGUUCCACCCCUUUUUGUCCUCCCCCUUACCCCUUCGUGUACCCGUCCAUGCGAAUCUGUCGGGCCUAGAUCAUCGCUCUUGUUAGACCCAAUAAUUCUACGCUAUGGAUUACAUGCCCAUUCGAGUAUCGAUCGAUCGUAGUUAGGUCCAAUCAAACCGUUACGAAUGCGUUGUAGAUGAUUCUCUAUCACACGUACACACACACAAACACAUAUUACACACGCGCGUACGCAUGUGCGUACUCUCUACAUAACACACAUAUAUAUACAAUACGAUAACACGUACACACCUUAUAUUACCGUAAUCGUACUGUAACUCUUAUGAAAUGCAUAACCCUGUGUAUAUAUAUAUAAUACAAUGUUCUUACGUAGUUAAAUUCGCGAAAUGAGAGAGAGAGAGAGAGAGA